CCGACAUUGACAGCUAACCCUAUUUGCAAUCUGCACAUGGUUGAUUAAACGUAAAUUUACCAGAAAUUAUUCAAAAGCUACCAAUUCUAGCAUGCCCCUUUUGUCAAAACUACUAAAAUAUCUUUGAUGGUAGAAGAAAUGGGUCUAUCUUCACCCUGAUAAUCCCAUUAGUAAUGGUAAAUUCAGGAUUUUCUUGAAUUCAUCGAAAGUAUCGUUGGCUGUUAGCUCAUUUAAGAGUCACUUGACUCAUUAGUUCUGUCAAUCGUAUAUGCAGUGGAUGCUAUGGGCCUAUGCUUGGUGCUCAAUAAGCUUGAACCUCACGUGAAGCUGUCACUCACUUCUCUCUUUUCCGGCUCAUCAAUAAUGUGGGGAUCAAGCAAAUCAAAACUGGAAUUAGUGCUGUACUGCUUUCUUACAUAUGCUUGCAGGACCAUUUUUUGUAAUUCAACCAAAUUUAUCUAUAAGCAAACUUAUAUUUAUGAAAGUUAGUAAGUAGGUUUAAAGACAUGAUCACACACAGCACAAUUUAGUUGUUUGCAGUUGAUAGCUAAUUCAAUGAAGAUAAUGUCAUUUGCUCAAUGAAGCCGGUGUAGCGCGUUACUAUCAUUUUCAAACCAUAACACCGAGUCAUCUCAAAGGGGUCCCUAACCUAAUGUGAGGCCUUUAAGUGAGAUUGGUUCCCAAUGCAGAUCCUUUCGUUUCGAGGAGGCGCACUUGUGUGCUUCUUGGUGUCCCUGCUAUUUGUAGCGAGUUUUUGCAAUGCUGAUGGUAAAACAGUUGAGGUAGUCGGGGUUGGAGAAUGUGCAGAUUGUGCAGAGAAUAACUUCGAGACUAGCCAGGCAUUUUCAGGGCUUCGGGUAACCAUAGACUGCAAGCCAGAAAAUGGGGAGUUCAAAACUCGAGGUUCUGGCGAGCUUGAUAAAGAAGGGAAUUUCAAAGUAUCUCUUCCCGAGGACUUGGUUAAAGAUGGCAAAUUGAAGGAAGAAUGCUAUGCACAGCUUCACAGUGUAUCAGCCGCGGCUUGCCCUGCCCAUGAUGGCCUGGAGUCCUCCAAGAUAGUCUUCAAGUCCACAAGCGGUGAGAAACACAACUUUGGGUUAAAGGGAAAGCUCAAAUUCUCACCAGUAACAUGUGCCUCAGCAUUCCUUUGGCCUCACUUUAAGCUCCCUCCAAUCUACAAGAAGCCUCUUCCACCACCAAUUCCAAUAUACAAACCUCCUCCGAUUCCAGUAUUCAAAAAACCACUUCCUCCUCCAGUUCCAAUUUAUAAGCCUCCAGUUUAUAAACCUCCAGUAUACAAGAAACCUCUUCCUCCUCCAGUUCCAAUCUAUAAACCUCCUGUCCAUAAGCUUCCUCCAGUUCCGAUAUACAAGAAACCACUCCCUUCUCCAGUUCCAAUCUACAAGAAACCACUUCCACCACCUGUUCCUAUCUACAAGCCAAAACCCCUCCCUCCCAUUCCCAAAAAGCCACUUCCUCCACUUCCAAAGAUUCCUCCAUUCCCUAAGAAGCCAUACCCCAAGUUCGGAAAAUGGCCUCCAUUGCCACCAUUUGCUCCUUAUCAUCCUUAAACUCUAGCAGUGAUGCAAGUGGAUGUACUUAAUGAAGGUUAGUGUGAAGAAGUUCCGGAGCACUGCAAGCAAUAAUAAAAGUCUUUGAAGGAGAGAAUGGAGAAAACAACAAAACAAGUUUAAAUUAUGAGAGGAAGGAGAAGAAUUGUGCUUGUAGUUUAUUAUUUAUAUAAGAUAAAUUAAGUUGGUAUUAAGUCUGCGUGAAUUUCUAAUUUUCUAUUGCAAUAAUAGCACGAUAUGAUGAUGUUUGGU